GACCAAGCAGGCGGCGGUGUGGAUACGCGGUCAACACAUCAAGGAGAGGAACCUUCGCUUGACCUGGAUACCGGACCGUCAACCUCUUGUUUUGCGAACCUUGCCCGGCGCCCGAUACAGCAGCAAGUAUUGAGGUCCAUCUUUUGUCAGCAUGGAUAUCCGAGAAGGAAAGAUCAUGAAUCAGGGGCAGCAGGAUGAGCUGGAGGUGUGGGGGUACCGACCCUGUUUGUGGAAAGUCAUCCUGGUGGGUGUUGGUGCCGUUUGCUCUGGUGGUCUCCUGCUGCUGCUGCUGUACUGGGUGCCUGAGUGGGGAGUCAAAGCCACCUGCACACCCACCUCACUGAAGGAGGCAAGCAGACUGCUUCUUAGGACCAUGGAUGACUUCAGGCAGUGGUUUCGUGCCAAAGUACAUGUGGUUUGGGCUCCAGGGAAGACGCCCUUUGAUAGUCUGGAUCCGCUGUCCACAGCUCAGUUACAUGAUGGAGAUGAACACCACAGCCUCAAAGAGAAUUACGGGAAAGUCACUCAGAGAAAAUCUUUUAAGGUGCAGUACUUCAACCACCACAGCAUCAAAUACUUCUGGAAUGAAGGGACACAGAACUUUGAACCAUACAAGGGCUUGGAGGAUACAAUUGUGAGCUGUGCAGACAUUCACAGCAACCAUACCUCUGGACUCACUAAAACCCUGCAGGACUACAGAGCUUUGUUUUUUGGCAAGAAUGAGAUUGAUGUAAAGGUGCCGCCUUUAUUCAAGAUCUUCAUUAAAGAGGUCAUGAAUCCGUUUUACAUCAUCCAGAUCGGCAGUUUUAUUCUGUGGACCUAUCAAAGCUUCUACGAUUAUGCCUUUCUAACUCUUACUAUGGCUAUUGUUUUAAUAGCCACCUCUCUGUACACCAUUAGAAAGAAUUAUGUGAGACUGCGUGGCAUGGUGAUUGCACACUCUAUGGUACAGGUUUCAGUCUGCAUGCGUACUCACGACAUUGAACAGAUCAUGUCGACAGAGCUGGUGCCAGGUGAUGUCAUCACUAUUCCAGCAAACGGGAUGAUCAUGGCCUGUGACGCAGCGCUUAUCUGUGGCACCUGCACUGUUUCUGAAGGCAUGUUGACAGGGGAGAGUGUUCCAGUUACUAAGACCAGUGUGCCAAGUUCAAAAACGAUAUAUGAUGCAGAGGAACACAAGCAACACACCCUCUUCUGUGGCUCACAUGUUAUCCAGAGUCGUGCUGAUACACAGGUGAAGGCGGUUGUGGUCAGAACAGGUUUUAAUACAGUAAAGGGCCAGCUUGUGCGUGGCAUUCUCCACCCUAAACCCACCGACUUCAAAAUGCAUCGCGAUGCUAAGCAUUUCAUGAUGGUAAUGGCGGUGGUGGCGGUGAUUGACUUCAUCUACAUCAUCACUAUUGAUGUCAUAAACCAGGUUUCUAUUGAGGUCAUCAUCACUGGUUGUUUGAACGUCGUUGCACUCUGCGUUCCUCCAAUGUUACCUGUGACUCUGACCGUUGGGCUUGUGAACGCUCAGCGGCGCAUGAAGCAAACUGGCAUCUUUUGCAUCAGUCCACAGAGAAUUAACAUCUCUGGUCUGCUGGACUUGGUCUGCUUUGACAAGACUGGCACUCUCACCGAAGACAGUUUGCACCUGUGGGGUAUUCAGAGAGCUGAAGUUGGCACUUUUUCCCCCCCAGAGACUGAGGUAGCUACAGAGAAUCUUAUGAAGACGUCGUUUGUCGCCUGCAUGGCUACCUGCCACUCACUGAUCAGCAUAGAGGACAAACUCUGUGGAGACCCUAUAGACCUCAAAGUAUUCAGUGCUACUGGCUGGAUCCUCGAGGAGCCAAGAAAAGAACAGACUGCAAUUUACGAUGCUCAAAUUUCCACGAUAGUCCGACACCCGCAGAAAUGGGGGGAGUUUGGCAUUGUGCGUCAGCUCCCCUUCUCCUCAGCGCUGCAGAGGAUGAGUGUGGUGGUCAGACAACUGGGACAAAAACACUUUGACAUCUACCUGAAAGGAGCCCCAGAGACUGUGGUUAACCUCUGCAAGCCACACACAGUCCCUCAGAGUUUCACAGAGACGUUGGAGACUUACACCCGACAGGGUUUCAGGGUUAUAGCCCUGGCACAUCACCAACUGGAGUCCAAACUCUCGUGGCAAGAAGUCCAAAACCUCAGUCGAGAGCAGUUAGAGACCAACAUGGACUUCCUAGGCUUGAUCGUCAUGCAGAACAAAAUCAAAGAACAGACUGCUGGGGUGUUGCUUGACUUACAGCAAGCCAACAUUCGGACUUUGAUGGUCACAGGUGACAACAUGUCAACAGCAAUAUCGGUGGCUCGAGACUGUGGGAUGGUUCAAGCCCAUCAGAACAUUAUUAUUGCUGAUGCUGUGCCUCCAAACAAUGAGAACCCAGCGAGUAUCACAUGGCGCUAUUCUGACAACUAUGUUGUGAACAACAAUCAGACUGCUGAGGUCAGCUUUGCUGGGGAUGGGUUGAAGGACAAGGAGGAGGAGCAAGGCUAUCAUUUUGCUGUAAGCGGCCAAGCCUUCGCUGUCAUCACACAACACUUUCCAGAACUUUUCCAGAAGUUCCUCUUGAGAGCCACUGUGUUUGCUCGCAUGACUCCAGACCAGAAGACUCAGCUGGUGGAAGUCCUUCAAAACAUUGAUUACAUGGUAGGGAUGUGUGGAGAUGGCGCUAAUGACUGUGGGGCCCUUAAGAAAGCGCACAGUGGAAUCUCUCUGUCUGAACUAGAGGCCUCAGUGGCUUCUCCCUUCACGUCCUCCAUCCCAAACAUCUCCUGCGUAACCACCCUCAUUAGGGAGGGCCGUGCGGCUCUUAUCACAUCCUUCUCUGUGUUCAAAUUCAUGGCCCUCUUCAGCAUCAUCCAAUUCUGCAGUGUCAAUCUUCUCAUCUCAAUUCCCAGCUGGUUUGGAAACGCUCAGGUUGUGUUUAUUGACUACGGCAUUUGUUUAUUCCUUCCCUUUACAAUGAGUCUGAACCCCGCAUGGAAGAAGGUGGUGCGACGUACCCCACCAUCCAGUUUGAUCACCGCCCAGAUGCUCUUCUCAGUUUUGUCUCAGGUCUCCAACGCCGUGCUCUUCCAAUUUGGGGCGUUUUUUUUAGUACAACAACAGAGUUGGUAUCAUACGCUUGACCCGGGGGUCUGCAAUGAGUCCAGUGUCAGUGAGCACAGCCCCAACAAAACUGAAGAAAUAGACGUGUUCAACACCCAGGUCUUUGAAAACACCACCCUCUUCUAUGUUUCUAUCUUCCAGUACUUCAUUGUUGCCGUUGUCUUCUGCAAAGGAAAGCCUUUCAGGCGACCAAGCUAUGAAAACUGGCCGUUUGUUUUGUCCUGCUUUGUUUUGUAUGCUUUUUUCUUGAUCAUCCUGCUGUGUCCCUUUCCCGCUGUAGACAACCAUUUAAAAAUCUCGUGUAUCCCCUAUGAAUGGCGCAUUACAAUCCUCAUCAUGGUUGUGGGACAUGUUGUUUCCUCUGUCACACUGGAGAUUUUGAUCCAUGACAACUUAUGGAGGAUUGUUAAGGCCAAAAUGUGCGCAAAGCGGACCACCAAAACACCUGCUGCUAAAACAGAACAGAUGGUGAAUGCAUGUAGUUGUGGCCCGGCCUUCCUCUCCUGGAUCAACUGUCAGAAUAACCGUCCCCCGAAGAGUAAAUACAAGCGUCUGGCUCUGGACCUGCAGGAGCAGGCUAACUGGCCUCCCGCACCUUCCACUAUCACCUACGCCAGCAUGACUCAGCCUCUCUUCUCUGUCCCAUUUUAGAGCCAAACAUGUGUAAACAAUGAUAAAUGCCACAUUUGAAAGAUGCAUCUCUUUUCUUGGAUGAUCAAAUGAAAUAUAAUUUUUAAUAUAAAAAUGAACACAUAGUUUGAUUUUAUUAAUCAACACAAUUAUAUUGACAAUUUAUUUACAAUGUAUAAUUGUACGUCAUGUAUUUAUUAUA